CCUACACAGUUGGUGCAUCUAACUCUGGGUUGUUAAAUGACACCAUCAUGGGAUGCUCAUUGCUGUUGAUUCUGGCUCUCGUCCAAAAUGUUGCACAUUCCUUGGAAAUUCAGGGUUCAGGUGAAGAACCGGCUAUUGUAAUUGCUCACAAUGUCACUGGAGUCCUGGGGGAAGACGUCUACCUGAGAUGUGAAUAUCUGGGUGUGGGUCAGAUCCAGAAGGCCGAGUGGAAGCGCAAGCUCAACUCUCUGAGUAAAUUCAAGCGACUGGCCGGAUUUUCUCGACCAAAUGAGAAGCCGUUUACCAGAGAUGACUUCUCGGAACCGGCCUCUCUCACCAACCUCACAGUCAGGAUGAGGGUCUCCAGCGUGGAAGCAGAAGGAGAGUACAUUUGUGAUUUUGAGGAAGAGGAGGAGAAUUCAUUUUCCGUCAUCUUUGUAACUGUGCUUGCUAAACCUGAGGUGCAGAUAGCGGUGAGCUCGGAGACCGUAAAUGACACUCACUACCAGUCGGUGUCUUGCUCUGCUGUUGGCGGCAGGCCAACGCCCCGCAUCAGCUGGCUGGUUGGUGGCCGUCCUCCUUCAGACUUCCCCUUCACCGUGACCGAGAGCGAAGCGGCUCACUUGAACGGCACCUCCACGCUGAGCAGCAUCCUCCGCUUCCCCACCCACCUCCAGGACGAGCAGAGUGUGACCUGUGUGGUUAAACACGAGACCCUCCCACACCCCGAACGCAGCAUGGCGAGGGUGGAAACAUACGCGAGGCCAAACGUGACGAUUAAAGCAGAGAUGGUACAAGAAGGAGGAAGCGAUUUCUGGGUGGUCUCUUGCGUUUCUUCCGGAGGGAGACCCGACGCUGACAUUUCCCUGGCUUUGGACAGGAACGAAGAGGUGCGAAAAGAGAACGGCGAGAAUUCAGAGGGGAGAAGUCUCUCCGUCCGGCUCCCUGUGGCGGAGCACGAGGGCCGCAACGUCACCUGUGUGUUUAAACACCCAAAGUUCUCACACCGUGAGGCGAGAGGCGUCACCCUGCCCACUUUGUACUUGUCUGGAGUUCAGCUUCGUUCAGAUUGGAGAAGCAGCAGCAGCGAAGACUUGAAAGCGGUUGAAUAUUUAGAGUUUCACGAGGGAGACGGCGACGUUGUUAUCAGCCUGGAGGUCACAGGGAAUGUGCCACGCUACAGCGUUAUCUGUAAAAAAGAUGAUGGACCCUUGCCUGAAGAUGUGGAGCUGGUUGGUAGAAACCUCACAAUUCAAGGUCUGGUGAAGCAUCAGCAUGCUGGUCUGUAUGAAUGCAACUGCUCCUACCUCCACCUUAAAGCAACGCUGCAGUUUAACCUCACAGUUACAGCUCAACCUCCACUGCUGGUUUCUCCCACAAUCAGGGUUGAUUCGCGUAGUGAAGGUGGAUUCAGGAUGAUUGAGUGCGCAGCGGCCGGUGCCGUUCCUGCAGCCAGCGUUUCUUGGAUUCUACCAGAGGCUGAUUCUAAAGACUUUUGGUCCAAUUCCACUUUUUAUAAUGAGACCCACUCUGUUUUGCUCCUCCCUGCUUGCUUGCCUCAGGAGCUCACAGCGUUGUGCGUAAUAAAUCACCCUGCAUUUAAGGAAGCACAGAACAGAAGUGUAACACUCCCACUUUGUGCUCGACCAAACAUCACCGUCAGCCUCAGCUCUGAGUGGGAAAGUGGUCAGAAAUACUCAAAGAUGAACUGCUCUGUUGACAGUGUUGCCUCUGCAGCAGUAGUAGCCUGGCACACUGGAAACAAAAACGGCAACAUCCGUUAUUCAACAGAAACUGAAUUUCAGGCCAACGGUUUGGUAUCGACCUGGAGCUCUGUGUUUCUCCUGACCUCUCUUUAUGCCGGUCAGAAUUUUACUUGCACCGUGAAACAUGCAAGUUUGGAGAGUCCAGAAGAAAGAACAAUACGCAUUCCAUGGCAAAAACCCCCUCGGCUCAGUGCAUCUGUGGUGAGACAGCAAGACUCCCUUCACUGGCUGGCAGUGUGCGACUGCAAAGGGGAUUGCGUUGGCUCAAACCUUGCAUGGGCCCUUCCUAAAAAAGCCACAGGUGAAACAAUACGGCGCACAAGACACAAAGGACACAUAAAGCUGGCUUAUGAGUUUCCUCUGGUCCUUCACGAGGGCCACAACCUGACCUGUGUGUACCAAUCUGACAAUGGGAUCAACCAAAGUACGACUAUUCGCAUCCCUAAAUACUACAUCUCUGUAAAAGUCCUGAACAACACGAGCACCCUGCAGAGCCGCUACGUCAGUCAGCCUGUUGUGUACAGAGUGUCCGUCUAUGAGAAUCGACCCAACCAGAAAGUGCUGCUUGGAGUUGAAGGAAAUGUGCCGGAUUACAACCUUGAUUGUCGAAGGAGUGAUGGCUCAAUUGUUCUACUGGACGGGGCUGCAAUGAUCCUUCAGUCUGACCCUUCGGGGCAGAAUAACGGCCUGUACACCUGCUUUGCUUCCUUUUAUCAUCACACAGCGUCUGUCACCUUUCAAGUGGAAGUCCUGAGAGAGAGCGAACAGCUCAUGCUGGUAAUCCUGAUCUGCAUCUCUUCAGUUUCCGCGAUCCUUAUCGUCUUCACCGUCAUCCUCUGCGUAUGCUGUAAAAGAAAGAAGACGCCAUACAAGGGACGGGAGUCCAUCUCAGCCUUGACGAGUCUCAUGCACGAGCCCGGUUCACCCGAGGUCAGGAAGCCGCUGGCAGGGAUGGACGGCGGUAAGGAGUAUGCUCAGCUGACCAGCUUCGCCAUAGUCUUUGACGCCAAGAGUACAGUGUGAGGAGAAGUCGGAGGAUAUUUGCAUCUCAUUUAGCUUAAACUGUGCAUUUAACGUCCAACUGCAGCACUGUGUGUUUUCUGUAGAAAUGUAGCAUUUGAUAUUAAACUGAAUAUGCACUGUAAUUUGUAGCAUUAAUGGUUUAAAAAGCAAUGAGUUAGCACUUUUUUAAGCCUUACUUGAACUUUGUAUUCAAUUUUACGUGUUUUGAAUUUUUUUUAUAUACAUAUGACAAUAAAAAAAAAACAUUUUC